AUGAGAUUUCUGGUGCCUCUAUUCGUUUUCCUGUCUGUGGCAGGGUUCCACACCGCUCUCUCGGCUUCUCUGGAAUCUCCAGAGAAAGAGGAGAAAAGCCCUCCGUAUGAUGGGAUGACCGACCUGCUGAAAAUAGAUCUGAUGGAGUUUGAAGCUGCUCAAAAGACCAAGGCAGCUCAGAUCAACGUAACUGAAGCACAGAAUGAGGAGGACAGCCGCUACCUGGAGGCUGCUCAGGAUGGAUCGGUGGAGGACCGAGUUGAAUCUGAGGACGAAAGCAAAGCAGAGGGAGCCGGGAACUCUGACGCCUCAGCGCAUGGAGGGGAGACAGAAUCAGAGUCUGAGUCCUCAGAAGACACAGACGGAAGACAAAGGCGGGAGCACCAUGAGACUGUGACGGUGACUGCGAGCAGUUUGGACGAAAACAGUCAAGAUUCAUCCAAGGAACAAGAUCUACUGGAGUGA